AUGGUUUUUUUUGCAAAAACAUCAUCACGUAGUGCAAAAGAUGCUUGUAUAUUUAAACGAGAUUUUCUUCAAAUAUACGAAAAUGAAUUAUCAAAAUUUCCUGAUCCAUCACAAGAAAAUUCACGUAUCAUUGCACUUCUUACUGCUGCUCUUUUAGCAUUACGUUUAACAAAUGCUUCUGAUAUUCUUUCAAUGUUUAUUAUUAGUGAACGUAUUUAUCAAGAUAUGUUAUUAGCUACAGAAGCACAAAAUCCUUCUGAUGAUUUAUUUACAGAAAAUAUAAUACUUCGUCCAUUUAUUCAAAUUGAUGUUGAUAUGAAAUUUCGUGGUUUUGUUUUUCAACAACUUUUAACAUGUUUAUCACAAUAUAAUUAUUUAAUUUAUUCUCAACGUUUAUUUAAAACUAAAUUAAAUAAAUAUAAAUCAAAUAAUUAUGUUAGUGAUUUUGCAUUGACUAAAGAUGGCAAGUUUAUAUAUGAAGAAAGUAUCAAUUCAAUGAAAGUUUGGGUAAUUGAAUUAAAUCCAUUUAUGGAAACAACUGAUGGAGCUUUAUUUAGUUGGCAACAUGAACGAUAUUUAUUAGAAGGGCAAUCAAAUCAAAAUAAAGAUAAAACUCUUUUUCGUAUAACUGAAAAAGUACGUCCAGGAUCUUGGGCAAUGUUACCAAUUUCAAUUCGACAAUGGAUUAAAAAUAAUGAUAAUAUUUAA